AUGACGACGAGCAGCCAAGUAACAGCCAAGAAUAACGUCACCUACGUGGGCUUUUACCUCCACCAGCCAUCCACGGCGACCAUCUUCAUCGUGUCCUACCUGCUCAUCUUCUUGGUGUGCAUGGCGGGCAAUGGCGUGGUGUGUUUUAUUGUGCUGCGCAGCCGGAACAUGCGGACCGUCACCAACUUGUUCAUCCUGAACCUGGCUGUGAGUGACCUCCUGGUGGGGAUUUUCUGCAUGCCGACAACACUUCUCGAUAACAUAAUUACAGGGUGGCCGUUUGGAAGCCUGGUGUGCAAAAUGAGCGGGAUGGUGCAAGGCAUCUCUGUGUCGGCAUCCGUCUUCACCCUGGUGGCAAUCGCCGUGGACAGAUUCCGAUGCAUCGUUUACCCAUUCAAGCAAAAGCUGACCAUCUCCACUGCCACCCUGAUCAUCGUAAUCAUCUGGGUCCUGGCCAUAUCCAUUAUGUGUCCGUCGGGUGUGAUGCUACAGGUGACGCAGGAGCAGAGCAUCCAAGUGCUGCUGGGGUACGACAACAAAACGACUCCUUUUUACUGGUGCAGGGAGAACUGGCCCAAUCAGGACAUGCGGAAGAUUUAUACCACCGUGUUGUUCGCCAACAUCUACCUGGCUCCGCUGUCCCUCAUCGUGGUCAUGUAUGCACGCAUCGGCAUCACACUUUUCAAGACCGCCAUGCCCACAGGCGGCAAGCCAGGUCACGACAACCGACACAGCGUCUCCAAAAAGAAGCAACGGGUGAUCAAGAUGCUGCUGAUCGUUGCCUUGCUCUUCAUCCUGUCCUGGCUGCCCCUGUGGACCCUCAUGAUGCUGAGUGACUACGCCCGGUUAACGGAGCAACAGUAUCGCAUUGUUAACAUCUACGUGUACCCCUUCGCCCACUGGCUGGCAUUCUUCAACAGCAGUGUCAACCCAAUCAUCUACGGAUUCUUCAAUGAGAACUUCCGACGAGGAUUUCAGGUGGUGUUCAAGUUUAGCCUUUGCGCAGCCGACGGACAGCGGAGGAAAACAUACUCGCACAGGCUGCAGCCCAACUCAGUGCUACCGGCCAAUAACGUGCAGACAUCCCUGGAGCCCAUCUCGCUAAACAGCCUGGACAAAGCCAGCUCCAGGCGGAUGCACCAAAUUGCGGAACAAGACUUGGUCUUGGAGGACCUGGAAAAGGGGUCCUGCAGUAGUGGUGGGGUAACGGCUGUGUCCAUUUGA